AUGGACUAUAGGACCCGCAAAGUGAAAUGUGACGAGGAAAAGCCCUAUUGCCUACGCUGUCGAACCUCUAUCCGAUCCUGCUCAUAUGACAAUGCCUUCGAGGCGCCGGGCCCGGCAUCUAUUCUGCGUACUUACUCUCCGCUUGACCUAUCUCUUCGAGAAAAUCGAGAAGAAGUAGCACUUAAGUACUAUUUUGAACGAGUCGGUCCUGCGAUCGGAGGCUGCUUUGAUGUCUCCUUUUGGCAAGGAAUCGUCCUAGAGACUUGCCGCUCUGAACGAGCAGUAUGUGACGCCAUUAUUGCUAUCAGCGGGCUAUACGAAGAUGGGGACCGCCUUGCUCGUACAUCAACGGUAUCUACUGCAACGGAACUAGGGCCCAAACAACGCGAAGCACUCAGGUGGUAUUGCCGAUCAAUUUCCCAAAUGCGUCGGCAGAUUAAAAAAAAUGCCACUGGUAUGUAUAUCGCGCUUGUGACCUGCAUCCUAUAUAUCUGUAUCGAGGCUCUCCAGGGUCAUUUUGAGAAAGCCCUACAUUUAUAUGACCAGGGUGCUAGUCUCAUCGCAGCUCUGCCUGAUAGAAGAGAUGCGUCUUGGGAUUCGUCAGUCCUGCGAGAUGUUAUUGUCCCGUUAUUCCUCCGGCUGGGUACAUUCGCGUUGGUAGCUACGCAGUAUCCGAUUAAAAAUUCGUCAGCAAUUAUUGCAUUCACGGAGACUGCGCUUUGUACCCCCAACGAUUAUCGAACAACGAUCAUCUCGCUAAUAGCGGAAACGAUGCUUCUCCAAAGAGAAGCAAACAGACAAACCCGUGCUGGAGAGGUCGUGAGCAGGUCGCCCCUAUUCCAGUCGCGUCAAUGGGAUCUUCAGUCCAAGCUCCAGCGGUGGAGGGUCGACUUUGCCAUAUGGGGUGAAAAGGACUCCUCGUUCGCAAGAACAGCUUUUGCAGCAACUCUAUUGAGUUGGCACGCAGCCAUAUCAGUCAUGAUUUCAAGUUGCCUUAAACAACAUGAGACCGAAUAUGAUAUGCAUUUUGGUCAAUUUCAGUCUAUUGUUAGCUGGUCAAAGCAUAUUCUAGAUCUCUCAGCGACGCCAGGUCGAUCACAAUCACCGUUCACAUUCGAAAUGGGCGUCGGCAUGCCUCUAUUUUUUACCACUGUUAAGUGCCGUCAUCCGACCCUACGCCGAGACGCACUGGAUCUCCUUCGACAAGCGCCUUCGGUACAAGGUUUCUUUAACUGCCCAUUAUGGGCUGCUCUGGCCGAGAAGGUCCUUGAAAUUGAAGAGGGACGGCUUUCCGAAGUAAGGAAGCGCGUACUGCUGAAAGGAAGGCAUCUCAGUUUGCCUCCGCGCGAGGACGAACUGGUCAUGGUUGCGCCUGAAGAGUGGUACCCGUCCACUGCCGACAGGCAGCAAGAACUUAUUCCAGAGAAUUACAGAGUCCAUGAUUAUGGAACUUUUCGUCUAGCCAGUUCACGCCUUCGAGAUGGUCUGAGCUCAGACGAAGCGAAAACGUUUCUUCGGUUUACGCGAAACAGACGAAGUGCGAAGGGGAGUGGUAUUUAG